AUGCGGACUACAUCAGGACAGUCUCAAACUAGACGCUUUAAUUCCAGCGAAGAGCAUGGGGGUUUCGUCGGUGCGCAGGAAGUGUGGCAGCUGUCGCAGCACAUCCUUAUUGACACUUCAUCAAAAAAUGCUGCGAGGGCUAGUCAUGGCGAGGACCUUCACAAGAGUCGGAAACUUGGUCUUCUGCCUCAAAACGCUGUUUGGAACCAGUGGCUGCAGGAGACGAGCAGGUCCCUGGACCGAAGUUUUGCAAGUGACAUCGAAGUGGUUGCAGGAGGCAUCGAGGUGACGCAGGCACACGCUAGUUCUGAGAAGUCCAGCACCACACGUCGGUUCUCAGAGGUUCUCCAACAGAGGUCGGUUCUUAAUGGUUCUUCAACAAAGGUUGGUUCUUACAGGUUCUCCAUAGAGGUCGCUUCUAUAAGGCUCUCCACUACAGACGAGUAUCAGUUGAGGAUUGAUUGCUGGUGGAGAGAUAUUUUUGAAAUGGUGAUGGAUGCCCGUCGUGUGGUGUAUCUUCUGGCUGCCCAAGAAUUUGGGUCAGAUGGGAGGUCCUUGGCCACACAGUCACGUCACGCGGUACCAGAGAGGUCCAGCAGUCAGAUCUACCCAUCAGGUAACCCAAUCAGCUCACGGGGUACAAAAGCAAAACCGCUGGAAGUCCGCUCGGGAAAUAGCGGAUAUCCGGUAGAGAAAAGUGGCGUCAAGUGUGUUAAACUCUGCGUUAAACCCGUUGCUGCUGGACUGUCAUUAACACUGCUUGGUGUUAUAUCACCAUCACACACCACUGUAUCAUGUGAUGACCCCCGCAUCAAGAGUUUCCACUAUGAUACUAUCUCCAUCACCAUACUCAUCUGUAUUACACUCUUCUUGCCCUUCUUUGUGAUGGUAAUUGUAGAGUGGAUUGUCCCCCCAUCCCAGCCAGCCAUGGGGGCAUCACCAUUCCAGUCAGGGCUUCGUCGCAGCUGGGGGUAUAUCACUGACCUCUUCGUGGGAGGCCUGUUCAUGUUUUUCAUCAAUGAUUUGACAAAGACAGUUGUGGGCGAGGCCAGACCACACUUCUGGGACACGUGUAAACCAAAUAUCACAUCAGAGCAGUGUAAACUGCAGUACGGAUAUGUCACUGUGACGUGGCACAAUUGCACGAACCCGUAUGGGCUCUCGCACCCAAGACUCGUGGACUCAAUGAAGUCAUUCCCAUCUGGCCAUGCCUCUCUUUCCGUCUUCUCAUCUAUUUUUAUGAUCGUGUACAUUAAGCAACGUCUAUGGAAUACAUGGUCUGUCCUGGGGGCUCCAUCACUGCAAAUGAUAUGGGCUGUAUGGACGAUAAUUUGCUGUCAGUCACGCAUAUGGGACAACAGACAUCACUGGUGGGAUGUCCUAGGAGGCGGUCUCCUUGGAACCUUUGGAGCCUUGGUCACGCUGCAUUACUUCAGCAACUGGUUUAUUAGAGAAGAUGAUAAUGACAGUACUACUGGCAGAGAUGUGCCCUUCCAACGUCAAGACGAUCAUUCUUCUUUGUUCUCCCGUACAUCUAUCAAGCGUCUAAUAUCCAACACUUCAGAAACUGACAACCACAGUGACCUUCGCCACGAUGAUCGAGAGCUUAGAGACAUUAACGGUGCACCCUAGUCUCACCAUAAUUGAAAAUAGUGUAUCCAGAAACGUACUUCUUUUAUAACUUUGUAUAUAACAAUCCAGUAUAUAUAGUAUGUACAUUAAAUCCCUGUGUGUGAAUGGCUUGUUUGAAAGGUGAAAAUGAUUCUUAAGUAUAUAUUUUUGUAUAAAUUAUACAGGCUUUCAUAGCUUCAUCUAUAAUUUCAUAGUUUCACAUUGACAGAAACUGGAGUAAAAAUGAGGUCAGUGAAAUAUAGCUGGAAAAUAGCAUAUUACUACAAAUGUGAGGUUUUUAUCAAUGUACAAGUAUUUUGUAAGUCUUCAUUCUAUGUAAAUGCAAUAAAUUAAUGCAUACUGCUUAGAUAUAUAA